CUCGCUAUGUGCUGCCUUCCAGUGACUGCCGUUCCGUACUGUAUGCAACAAAAGCAAGCGGAUGGAAUAAAUCGAAAUAGCCUGCAAUUCAGCUUUCCAUAACUCACCUAAGAUACGGCGCUGUCUCUCGGAGAAAACGGGAUUGUGUUUCGGGAAGACACAGGCUCUGACACAUGAAAGGAAGAAGCGUCCAGAUUCAUAGUUGUAGUUGAAGUCUGCUUAUCUUUUACACGCAGUCUGAUCUGCACAAGGCAGCAUUUCAGAUCAGAUUUCAGAUUCACUUCAGACCAGCUGGAAGAGCAGAGAAAGCGAGAAAGAGGGCUUCCCCUCUGACUCUGUGUGUUGGAGAACUCCGGAGCGCGAGAGUGCGAACCAGAACGUGGAACCCCGAACCCGGGUGGGAAGGUCGGAAUUUGGUCAAGGAUUCUCUUUUGCGAGAUUGACACGGAGGUGAGAGCUUAUAAAUAGAUCGGAAGAAAUGGACGAGCAGCCGCGGUUGAUGCACUCUCAUGCGGGAGUAGGGAUGGCAGGGCACCCCGGCCUGUCGCAACACAUGGAAGGCACGGGAGGAACGGAAGGCGAUGGGAGAAAACAGGACAUUGGAGACAUUUUACAGCAAAUAAUGACCAUCACAGAUCAGAGUCUGGACGAAGCUCAAGCCAGGAAACACGCCUUGAAUUGCCACAGGAUGAAGCCUGCUCUCUUCAACGUCUUGUGUGAAAUCAAAGAAAAAACAGUGCUGAGUAUCCGUGGCGCCCAGGAGGAGGAGCCUCCAGAUGCCCAGCUCAUGCGAUUGGACAACAUGUUGCUGGCGGAGGGCGUGUCUGGACCGGAGAAGGGGGGCGGUUCUGCAGCGGCUGCGGCUGCAGCUGCAGCCUCAGGAGGCGGGGCAGGAGCGGAUAACUCAGCGGAACACUCGGACUACAGAGCCAAGCUCUCUCAGAUCAGACAGAUCUACCACACAGAACUGGAGAAAUACGAACAGAUGGUAUCCCAUGGCGGAUGGAGGGGGGAGAGUUACACAGGGAGUCAUGGCAACGGAAACAAGGCUUGUAACGAGUUCACAACCCAUGUGAUGAACCUGCUGAGGGAGCAGAGUCGCACGCGGCCCAUCUCUCCCAAGGAGAUAGAGCGCAUGGUGGGGAUCAUCCACCGCAAGUUCAGCUCCAUCCAGAUGCAGCUUAAACAGAGCACCUGCGAAGCAGUCAUGAUCCUACGCUCACGCUUCCUCGAUGCCAGACGGAAAAGACGGAACUUCAACAAGCAGGCGACAGAGAUCCUGAAUGAGUACUUCUACUCCCACCUGUCUAACCCCUACCCUAGUGAGGAGGCCAAGGAAGAGCUGGCCAAGAAGUGCUCCAUCACAGUUUCACAGGUUUCCAACUGGUUUGGAAACAAAAGAAUCAGAUACAAGAAAAACAUUGGAAAGUUCCAGGAAGAAGCCAAUAUGUAUGCUGCCAAAACUGCAGUCAACGCAACCAACGUUUCCUCACAUGGAAGCCAGGCUAAUUCGCCCUCCACCCCAAAUUCUGCAGGUUCUGCUGGCUCUUUUAACAUGUCAAACUCUGGCGACUUGUUCAUGAGCGUGCAGUCUCUCAAUGGGGACUCGUACCAAGGUGCUCAGGUUGGAGCCAACGUGCAGUCACAGGUGGAUACCCUUCGCCAUGUUAUCAGUCAGACAGGCGGAUACAGUGAGGGCCUCACAGCCAGCCAGAUGUACAGUCAACAGAGCAUCAAUGCAAACGGAGGCUGGCAGGAUGCAACCACCCCCUCAUCAGUGACAUCACCCACAGAAGGACCUGGAAGUGUUCACUCUGACACGUCCAACUGAUCCCUCCACCCUCCUCCUCCACCACCAUCCAGACACCCCCAACCUCCACCCUCGAUCAGCCAGCCCCCAGUCAGCUCCCCGUCAGAACUGGAGGUGACACUAGACUGGUCACAGAGCAGGAGACCUCUCUCUACAGGUGGGGACUACAGGAUGAAACGCCAUCAUCACCACCACAGACAGUUCUUCAUGUCUUAUGUCCCGUCUCUACAACCAACUAUGACACAGUCAGUCAGUAGCCUGAGUAGGGCUCUGUUCAGCCAUUUAUCUACGACCUCAUUCAUUGUCUGUCUGUACAGUUUUCUUCACCAGAUAUCCAUUUUGCCUCUGUGUGAUCAUCUGACUUAUAACACAGUAGGCAAAUAGUUACAACACGUAUACACAGUAUUGCCCGUAUCUUGUAGAUUGAAAUGCUUUUCUCACUACCUCUAUUGAAAAUAACAACAAAACAACAACUUCUAAAAAAGCAUUGUUUUUUUUUCUUUGUAAUUACUGACAUUGACAGUAGCUCCCAAUCUCCCUUGUCCUGUCUCAAGGCUUGUUUUGAGGACAGUUUUGCCUUUGUGACAAGUUUUACCCUAUAUAAUUACUUCAUUCCCAACAUUUGUUUUGUCCAUAGUGCCAAAGUUCAACACAGGAGGGGAAUUUUUAUAAUAUGACAUUGUGCUUGUGGAAAAAUACAUAUCCAUCUGACGUUUCACAUCACAUACCGUAGCUUAAUAACAUUUCUUGUUAGUAGAUAACAAUGGGAUGAUUUGAAAGGAGAACCUUGAGAUUUAAAUGUUCCUCCUCAUUUUAGGCAUUCUGUUUCAGAGCUUCUACAAUGGUCAAUAAAACAUGACACAUUUUUAGUGCAACAAUGGCGUGUGUUCUGUUCAAACUGAAUGAGUGGUCAACAAUGGCGUGUGUUCUGUUCAAACUGAAUGGUCAACAAUGGCGUGUGUUCUGUUCAUACUGAAUGAGUGGUCAACAAUGGCGUGUGUUCUGUUCAUACUGAAUGAGUGGUCAACAAUGGCGUGUGUUCUGUUCAUACUGAAUGAGUGGUCAACAAUGGCGUGUGUUCUGUUCAAACUGAAUGAGUGGUCAACAAUGGCGUGUGUUCUGUUCAAACUGAAUGAGUGGUCAACAAUGGCGUGUGUUCUGUUCAAACUGAAUGAGUGGUCAACAAUGGCGUGUGUUCUGUUCAAACUGAAUGAGUGGUCAACAAUGGCGUGUGUUCUGUUCAAACUGAAUGAGUGGUCAACAAUGGCGUGUGUUCUGUUCAAACUGAAUGAGUGGUCAACAAUGGCGUGUGUUCUGUUCAAACUGAAUGAGUGGUCAACAAUGGCGUGUGUUCUGUUCAAACUGAAUGAGUGGUCAACAAUGCAUAAGCAAAACACAAAAGAGUAACGGUAUGCUCCAGAAUGAAUGGAAGGGAUGGUUUGGAAGGUUAUAAAGAAAUGGAUCAUGUUUUGUCUAGCUUCAUGGUGAUUCUAGCUUCAUGGUGAUUCUAGCUUCAUGGUGAAUCCAGCUUCAUGGUGAUUCUAGCUUCAUGGUGAUUCUAGCUUCAUGCUGAUUCUAACUUCAUGGUGAUUCUAACUUCAUGGUGAUUCUAUCUACUGGAAUUCUAAUGCAUUUCCUGCACUUGACAUAUUGUUUGUGGACUGAGUAUCAGUUUAAAAAAUGUACCCAGAACACUUAAUCAGUGAGUACAUUAGCAUAAAUUAAAAUAAGCCAAUAUAAUGUUUUUAAGCACAGUCACUUCCAGUGAUUACCCUAUGAAGGGUAACAUAUGUAUUUGUCAAAGAGAAGAACACAGUACAGAGAACACACAUUAAUAAUAUGCUUAUAUCAUUUUCAUAUUUUGAACAUAUGGUGUGUGUACAUACACAUACAUACAUACACUACCACUAUCACUGUACAUCAGUGUUAUCAAAAUAGCCAAAUACUGCUGGUAACCAAAACCACUUGUGUAAGUGCAAAAAAGGCAUUUUAAUGUAAAUGUUCAUUCUGAUGUUGUGUAACCAGGUGGUAGUCAUGGAAUACACAACUAAACACAAUUCUGAAAUCUUUCUCAAAGUUACUCUUUUCCCUCAUAAUUUCGUGUUAUUGGUGCUAAUUAGUUUAUUUUUUUCAAUAGUAUAUUUCUGUCCAUUUCUUAUUGUCACUGAGUUUGAACAUCCGGUGUAUCAUCCUGUUUUUACAUUUUGGUUGUGAAGGUUGGUCUCUACUCACUCUUAUAUUACAGCUUUCUCCUAGCAUUUGACUUGAGUCGAAAUUAUGCAAAAAACCCAAAAUGGGAUAUUAGAUUUUUUCAUUUUGUUGUAGCUACAGUAUUUGCUUACACACAAUUACACAUUGCCUUCUUGUGCAAUUCAACAUAUCUACCCUACCAUUCCCUUGAUACCAAAAAAUAACUGCAGAAGCUUCAGCUCUAUAGAUUGGAUUCGGCUUAACCAAUUUCUUUUACCUUUAUUUAACUAGGCAAGUCAGUUAAGAACAAAUUCUUAUUUUCAAUGACGGCCUAGGAACAGUGGGUUAACUGCUUGUUCAGGGGCAGAACGACAGAUUUGUACCUUGUCAGCUCGGGGAUUUGAACUUGCAACCUUUCAGUUACUAGUCCAACACUCUAAGUAUUCAUCUCAUAGAAUUGUUCAGGUACUCUCUCUGUACUACAAAACCAAAAAUACACUAGUGUUUGUUUAUAGAUAUGAGAUGGAAAAGACUAACCCUGAUGGCACACAGACAGAUACAGAAGAUGUUGGGAUAUAUUGUUAUGUCCUCAUGUUGUGAAUAACUUGCAUCAUCAUUUUUUUUCUUUAUCGUUUUGCUUUUAUUUUGCGUGGUUACAGGAUUUACAGUACGUUACAUUUUAUUUUCUUGCUAGCAUCAUGUGAAUUUGCUAAAGAAUGCUCUAUAGAGUAUAAGUAGAUGUGCACCUUUAUUCUUGUGUUACAUUUUGGGGGGUAAUUGGACAGUAUCCAUUUUAAAACAAAGCAGCAACAGUAGGUCGUCAUUGUAAAUAAGAAUUUGUUCUUUACUGACUUGCCUAGUUAAAUAAAGGUUACAUUUCAUUAAAAAGUAAUGUUUGACAGACACAGACAGAUAGUAGGAAAGAGUUCCUCUCACAUUACAGAUAUAAUCCACUCACAGUUCACUUUGUACUUUCAGUCUAAAGCAUUGACACACAAGCUUGCUUCUAAAAUGUUUACUGUCUGUUAAUUAAAGGUGAUGUGAAAAGUUAGUGUCCAUCCAAAUCCGUAUACCAUGGUAACAGAUAUACAUUAUACAGUGUAACUACAAUACCACACAGCUGAAUCCACCAUAGUCCUUCUUUCACAAACAGUCCAUUUUAUAUUUGAUAUCAUUUUUGGAGACGUGGACGUGUACUAUGAUGAGUGAAGCAAAAUAUUUUUUCAGUUGACGGACAACAUGUGUACCCUAUAAGUGGACUAUGUUGGAGUGGUGUACCCUGGCCUUUCCAUCCAGAUGUUUGUUUUUUGUUGUUGAUCAUUUUAGCCAUGUGGCCAGCAGAACAAUAGCUUUUGUGAUGCAGUGCCCCUAAAAAAAAAACGUUACUCUACUUUUCACAUUGCCUGUCCAAUACCACCGUAUUAUUGAAAGCUUCAUGUAAUGAUGCUUUAGUCUUUGAAUAUAAAAGGAAAAAAAUACUAUAAAAAGAAAUAAGAAACUGUCAAAUUUGUCAACAUAAAAUGUUUUCUUUGUUGCAUGUAUUUUGUUCUUUAAUAAAAUACCGUACUGCAGUGUUUUUGAAUGUUACUUAUUUUUUUAUAAAGAUUUCAGAGUGAAAUCGUGGAGCCUUUUUCUUGACAGGUUUUAACUUUUAAGAUCUCUGCAAAUGUAAAAAAAGGUAUACAAAUGGAAACCGCAAAACUAUUGUCUUUUUAAUUCCUAUUUAAAACCGUUUUUCUGUGGAGAAAAAAAUUGCUAACAAGGUGUAGGUUUUAUGGUCUCUUUCUUUGUACUAGUAAUGCAUAUUCCAAAUAAAUUGUUUCUUUUGCUGCA